CGCCGCCCGGCCCCUCCGCCCGCCGGGGCGGUGGCAGCUCCCGCCGUGCCUCCCGGCCACAUAAAAGCGGGCGGCGGAGCCGGGCGAGGCAGCGCGGCGGACAGUGACCGGCGAUGGAGCAGCCGGUGCAGACGGAGAUGUGGAAGGCGGGGAGCCUGGAGGAGUUGGUCCGCAUCCUCCACCGGCUUUUCGCCGAGGACAAAGUGAGUGUGGAGGAGGUGCAGGCACUGAUGGAGUCCUACGAGAGCAACCCCGACGAGUGGCUGCAGUACGCCCAGUUCGACCAGUACAGAUACACAAGAAAUCUUGUGGACAAUGGAAAUGGAAAGUUCAACUUGAUGAUCUUGUGCUGGGGUGAAGGACAUGGCAGCAGCAUCCAUGACCACACUGAUUCACACUGCUUUAUGAAGAUUCUCCAGGGAAAUCUAAAGGAGACUCUGUUUGAAUGGCCUGAGAAAAAAGGGAAUGGUGAAAUGACUAAGAAAUCAGAGCGAGUUUUGAGAGAAAAUCAAUGUGCCUAUAUUAAUGACUCCAUUGGCCUGCACCGUGUGGAGAACAUCAGCCACACAGAGACUGCUGUCAGCCUGCAUUUGUACAGCCCGCCUUUUGACAGCUGCAACACCUUUGACCAGAGGACGGGGCACAAGCACAAAGUCAAGAUGACCUUCUACAGCCAGUUUGGAGAAAGGACUCCCUGUGCCAUGGCAAUGCCACAGGAGAACAACUGAGGAGCACCAGCACGCGUUUGCACAAGACCUGCUGAAUGUUGAACCAGGGACAGAAGACUCGUGUGGCUCUUUGUAUACUUUGUGUGUAGAUGUACAUUAGGGCAGCUUCCAGCAAACCCCCAUUUUCCCUGAGUGAAUGGUGAUCACGGGACACUAAGCCAGCUAGUGCCAUCAACUACUUCAGAGGUUAGAUGCCUUUCCUUGGGCUACUGCCAAGUCAGAAUUAAGUAGUUUGUUUUCUGAUUCUAGCCUCCUUUUGAUUCUGCUUCUGUUAGCACACUGAGAGUAUCAGAAAUAGGGUUUUAAACAUCAUCUGGCACUGCUUAAUGGCCCUAGAUGUAUGUAAAUUCUCAGUGUAAUUAAUAACCACGUACAUUUGUAAGCUUCCAGUCACUUGUACCUAUGAGUAGUACACUAGAUACAAUCAGCAGAUUUUUUUUUUUUUAAUUAACUCUUUUAGGUUUUAAUGAUCUAAGCCAUUUUGAUAGUUUUGUGCAUUUUUUACUUUUUUUUUUUUUUUUUUUUUUUACAAUUUCAUUUGUCAGAUCUUGUUUUAAACAGGAGCAGCAAAAUGCUUCACGCACAGUGAUUUUCAAAACUGGGCAGAGAUUUGGGGUUUUAAUAAGACUAAUCAUACUUAACACAGCUGAUGUCCAGUUUCCAAAGUGUUCUGUGUAGCUACUGAAGUCCUUUCAGGUAACUGAAAUAAAACUGGAUUUGUGCACAGAUUUAAUAGUUUUCAGCCUUUUUCUCUUUGUAACUGAGAUUUUCAUCACCCUUUAUUAAUGUCCACAUUGGCCAUAACCGUAAAAGACUUACUCAAGCAAUAAUCCUUUAAAUAAGGAUUUAGAAACCUGGAAUUAUUUCAAACACGCAGAGAAUCCUGAUGCCAAUUAAGCUGGUGGGAGAUUUGCCACUGAGUUCACCAGUGCUUGGUUUUAUUUUCAAAUUUAACUACAAGGAAAUCACCAUCUUUAACAAAAGUUAACUGCUUAAAUGUACAAACAUCACUGAAGCUGCCCUCACUGAGGCUGUGCUAAUCACUGAACACAGAUAGUACAUUGAUGGCAAAUGUGUGGAAUGUCUCAUUAGAUGAAGGCUCAUUACUCAGUUAGCAAUGUAAGUCUUAACAGUAAUCUCUUUAGAUCAAUCACACAUCUUGACCAGCCCAGAAAAUAUUAUUUACUUGGUGAGGCCCUGUUUCCAAGGAGGCUCUUUCAGAUUUUCAGAAAAUGCUUAAGCAGUGUCACAGUUUUAAAAUUAAGCUAUGACAGCCUGGUCUGGUGGUUGGCGACCCUGCACAUAGCAGGGGGCUUGAAACUAGGUGAUCAUUGUGGUGCUUUUCAACCCAGGCCAUUCUAGGAUUCUAUGAUUCUGUGGUUCUGUGAUUCUAUGACUUUGAAUUGCACUUACUCUUUGAGCCUGCAGGAAGGCUCUGUGUGCUUUGCACAGGGGAGGGACUAAAGAUAUGGAAGUAAAAGAGGAAGAGAAAUGAAAGUCAAAGCAGUCCUGGAGGCAAAAGAAGAGGAGGAAGCUGUAGCAGUGAGGACUGUCUGCGAGAGGUGGAACUGGACACUGUGCCAGUGGGCAGGAGAUUAAGGAGAUGCACGGCCCCAAACUGGAAGUAAUAUUAAGAGCACUGACACCACAGACAUAAAUAAUGCUCUGAUUUUUCUGGGCUCUGGCAUACCCUGAGGUGUAGCAUGGCUUGUUUUUUUUUUUGUUUUGUUUUUGUUUGUUGUUUGUUUUGUUUUGUAUUUUUUUGUCUUUCACAGGAACCAAUUCUUGUCAAGACAAAUGUUGACCAGUUAAGAUUUGACGUGGUUUGUCUUGUGAGCAUCAGAGAUGAGCUAAGGCUAUGUCACCUGGGUGCUCUGCUUCUGCAGGGUCACUGAGAGCAGAUAGCUCAUGGCUGUGUCCAUGCUUUUGCUUACUAGCUAAAAUUAAAGGGCGAAUCCAACAGUUCAUAGAGCACAGGUUCUGUCAGGUCAGAUGAUCUGGGAAGCUCAGAGACAGACAAGGAGCGUAACAGUGAUCAGAGAAGCAGUUAGCUGCACUGAGAUCAGCAAUAUGGAAACUCAGGGGUACACCUCAGAGGUACGUGCCUAGCAAGUGAGACAGAAGAAAUAUUAGCAGAAUAGGUAGAAACCCUCUACAUGAGUUGGCUCAAACACUGUUUACCCAUGGUAAAUAGGGCAUCAUACAUCACAUAGAAUAAUACAGGAAUUCCAGUUUCAGAAUAAGGUACUUAUGCCUGGCAUAUUAGAGGCAAGGGGAUAGCAUAGCCAGCAUUAUGGACACCAAUGCAAGAAAUGUCAAGAGAAAUGCUGAGCCAAAGACAUACCACAGCCAACUUCUUUGCUAAUGGCUAAGUAAUAGCUAUGUAUCUUGUGCUCUAGACAGCACAAGCUAACACCUAUGGAAAGCAAUUCAGAAUCAAUAAAUACAUAUGUCACUGAAAAAGUAAUGUUUCCUAUUUGUUUCCGUGGAAACUGUAGCAGAUAUAGAGAGCACAAUAACAAUAUUUGAUGGAGCAAAUUCUCAGCUACAAAUCAGUAGUUUUCAACACAGUCACCACCAUUAGCUAUGCCUUUUCGCCAGCAGUGAAUAAGAGCCUCACUCAUAAAGUUCUGCACCGAUGGAUGUGAUCACUGUUGCUGUCACCACUGCUGAAGCACUCCACCCGUGACUUCACUGUGCUGAUGUCCACUGUUUGGUUUCCAUAAACGUUCAGCAAGGAUCUACGAAUGUCAGUGGGUGCGAACUUUACCACAUGAACGAAUCCCAUGACACACUUUUAUUUCACAUGCACUUCCAUGUCAGAUGCCAUUCUGUCAGAUGCCGUCCUGCUGCCAUCUGUCACAUGGCAACAAAAUGUAAUGGAAUGUUGGUGGGGGGAUUCAACCCUACUGCUGCACCACCACCAUCCACCUCUGAUGUCAAGGGCUAAUGUGAUAAAAUAGAAAGCAUUAUUUUUGGACCAGCCCCCGUAUCACAGGAUACAAUGAGGAAAAUCAUGCUUUCACUUGCACAAAUGUGUUCAUGUAACCUGUGCUGACUUAAAACGCAGAAACCAGGAGUAGCAAAUUAGUAUUUACACAUUAUUAUGGCUGAACAGCCAAUGUAUUAAUCCUGGCACGUGAAAGUCCUUGGGCUCAGAGCAGUCCAACUGGCUAGCUGAUGAGGCAGCAACAUGCCAUAGGAUGACAAAUAGCUGUCACUUGGUAAUGAGCAGAUGUUCAGUGUUUAUGUGCUUUCAACCAGUAAGUGCUGUUGAGCAGGGUCACUAUGAAGGAGGGCUGGUUCAACAUUUGCUGGGGUUGCUGUGAAGUGGUCAGAGAUACUGCUCUAAGCUAUUAAUGUGGCUAACCUCAUCAGGCUGACAACAGCAGGUGAGUCUGAGGGUGAUUUGGUGACUUCACUGCAAAUCCAGUGAAGGAGAUUCAACAGAAAGGUGCAGGGAGGCCAGACAAUGCUAGGAGCACAGCGAAGUGCAGUAUUCCCAUCAGUUCAGCCAAUUGCAAAGGUCUGCUGUUUUUGUUGUUCUUUUGGGGAGCCAUUAUUAGAAAUUUUGAAGGUGAAGUAGUAUAUCAAAGGCAUUCUGUAGUCAGACAGGGUUUGUAGCUUAAAGUGGGAAAGGGCUGACAACAGGGACAUCUUGGGGAAUGCCACCUCGGUCUGUGUGGCUGUGGUUGAUGAGGUUCACACAAGCUCACCAAGCUGUGUUGUGCUGACAUGUGGCCAGAAGGUGAGCAGCUUUUUCUCUCCUCAUGCCAAGUGUGGGAGCCCUGAAGCCUCUAACAGGAGCUGUUUCUGAGAGAGGGUCCCUUGCUGAGUGAACAGUUUCUUAAUGUUCCUGGGAAUAACUGCGCCCACAGUUACUUUAACUCACUACAAAAUCCUAGAGUAAGCAGAUAAGUUUUUUGUUUGCUUGUUUGUUUGUUUUUGCUUUGUUUUGUUUAUUUAAACCUGAAUGGCACUUAUUUAAGUAUCUUGAAAUUUGGUUUUCUUCUUCUUCCUUUGACAGUGUAUAGAAGGACAUAGCAGAACCAAAAUCCACCUUACACAUAGCUCUGUUUCCAUUACAAAGGUUUGGUGUUUUUUUUUUCCCUAAACCACAAAGAUACAAGAUGUGCUAUUCACUAGCUAAUCUUUAUAGUUAUUUUCCACACUCCUGUCGUGCUCAAGAGAAAGCUGUGUUGCAAGGAUAUAACCCUUCCCAGGUUAAAAGAGGUGAUGUACCUAUGGUGACUCUGCAGAGAGAAGCAGAACAAUUUGAAGCUCAAUGCUUCAUCUGGAGGGCUGCUCCAAAAGAAUGCCUCCUGUUUUAUUGUGUUGGCUCAUGAUGUCAAGGGCAGAUGGUGGUGACAUGGAAGUAAUGGCUGAACCUUCCCACCAAUAUUCCGUUCUACGUUGUUGCUGUGGGACAGAUGGCAGCAGAGGGGCAGUCUGACAGAAUGGUGUCUGACAUGGCAGUGUGUGCUUGCUUGCUGAUUAUUUAUGGACACCAAACAGUGGACGUGAGCACAGCACGGCAGUGAAUGGUGUGUUUCAGCUGUGACAAUAGCGACAGUGGGCAUCUCCUCUGGUACAGGCUUAUAAAAGAGCAGCAUACAGGCUCCUGUUCAUCAUUGGCAAAAAUGCACAGCUAAUGGUGGUAGCUGUGUUGAAAACCUGUGCUUUGUCAAUUAGUGUUAUUGUGCUCUUUCUACCUGUUGUAGUUUCCUGAAAAUAAAUUGGAGGCAUUACUUUUGGAGUAGCCUGCAUAUAUAUUGUGCUCCUACCAGUUUAUCCCAUGAAAGCCUUUGCCAUCCUUAACUCAGGCACUGGCAGUAACUCCAGCUCCUCUGACUGGUAAAGGAGAAUUGCAUUGGGCCUUCAAGUAUAGUUCUGACCCCUAUAGCUUGUGUGAAGCAUUAUUCAAUUAUCAAUCUCAAAUGCUUGACUCCUGUGGGUACUUAGCAACAUUUUUUCAGGCAUUUCUUCACAAGUGGAUGACCCCCAAAAUGGGGACAGAUAAAUGCUUCUGAACUGUUUGCUUAUCCUUACAAACACAGAAAAUGUUUGUUUUAUUUCUUAAAUAAGUAACAAAACAAUUUAUCCUCCAGACCUGUCUCACCUCUGCUUUCACUAUCCAGUUCCCUACAAAACUGCUGUACAAAUAAAUGAGUGCUUUAUUUUCUAUGAAAGAUUAAUCUCUGGACAACUGAUGCACACUUCCUUCUUGACCCUUGAGAACGACAAUGUGAAAAGUAACUAUACUUGCAGUUUUUUCCAAGCUUGAUAUAUCCUCUCCUGAACCACAGAUAUAAAAAAUUCUGGUAAUUGGCUCAUAAUUCACCUUAUUUUUCAUGCUCCUCCUUGCCCCUGGGACACAUCACAUGUUUGCCAUUCGCACUCUGAUCAAACAGACAUGCAUGUGUCUCUUCCCCUGCACCUAUCUGCAGGCAGGUACAAAGCUUUGCCCUUAAAAGAAUUGCAAAACAGCAGUGGUGAGCCAGUGCAGAGACCUCCUGUCCAUCACCUGCCUGGAAGAUGGCCCUGAUGCUGCCAUAAGUACAAGGACAGGCAGCUCUGAGGAGCAGGAACAGCUCUGGAGAUUAGAGAAGUGCUCUGUAAGUGCAUCUGAGGUCUGGCAACGUGCAGUUACAGCAGCCGUGGCUUGACCCCACUGAAAAGCUUUAAACCUGCUGGGAGGCAAUGGGACCUUUGGCACACAACAAUUUCACUGUGGUGACAAAGUCUCUGAGGGGGCCUGGAGUUACAGUUACAAGGAUCUUUUCUUCUGUAUGCACAGAGAAGGAAAUGGCAUUUGAAAAAGCUCACUCCAAGGGAAAUGUGCAGAACAGCCCUCUUUAAACUUGGAGGCUGGAGGAAGAUUUUGUCAGCUGGAUAUUUACUCAGCAUACACUGAAGUAGAAAUGCAGUCAUUGACUGACAUAAUGUUCUACAUCCGUUGACAUAAUAGUUCUUAUUUUAAGCCUUCACUGGAAAUGAGUGCUUCAUUUUGGUUAAAUUUAUUACCUGAAACUUCAGACUGUGGCCCGCAAUAAACAUGGUUACUGACAAAUGGAAGAGGAACUCACUCGUGGCUUCAGAAAGGCCUCAACACCUGGUGCUUCGUGCUGGCCCGGAGCAGUCAAAACUACGUCAGCCGGGCAAAAGAAAAGUGUGAAAGGAAAAACCUCCCCCUGUCUCAUUGCAUGAGUUAAAGCAAACAAAACUCCUCUCUGCUUUUGCACUUCACCUCACUGCUUCGUUGCAGCAUGAGCUCAUGAAGGAGAUACUUUCAUUUCUAGUACCUACUUUGGGGUUCUGAUAUCUUGGAAAAAUAAAACCCUUGUGUUACAGUUUGUGAUUUAGAUUUUGAUUUAGGUCCCUGCUGUGUUGGUACAGCACACUUGAAAAACCAGCUCAGGUUAUCUGAAGACGCCCCAGUCUUUGUAUCACUGCUAGCAAGCCCAUCAGGGCAUUUUGCAGAGGUGUGCAAUACUGCAAUUGUAAAUUUUCUCAUACCAAAAGC